AUGGCAGCAGCCCACUCCUCCCUACGGCACUCCCAUUGUUCCAGGCAGUGUUCACCCGCAGGCUCCUCCGGAAGACCUGGGGCCGACGGGGCGGUGGGGGGGGUGGAGGGGGCGUGCCCCGUGGGAGGGGUCGGGUCUGCCCAAUGGGUUCUCCCGGGUGCGGGGCGGGGCUCUAUUUCAGCAGCUUUCCAGGCCUCAGGCUCACCCUGCGUUCUGGGCUCAGUAUGUGGCGCCUCCCCCGCGCGCUGUGUGUGCAAGCCGUAAAGACCAGCAAGCUCCCCGGACCUUGGAGCAGGCCUGCCGCCUUCAUGUCCACUCUCCUGAUCAAUCAGCCCCAGUAUGCGUGGCUGAAAGAGCUGGGCCUCGGAGAGGAAAACGAGGGCGUGUAUAAUGGAAGCUGGGGAGGCCGGGGAGAGGUUAUUACGACUUACUGUCCUGCUAACAACGAGCCUAUAGCAAGAGUCCGUCAGGCCAGUGUGGCAGACUAUGAAGACACUGUAAAGAAAGCAAGAGAAGCAUGGAAAAUCUGGGCAGAUAUUCCUGCUCCAAAACGAGGAGAAAUAGUAAGACAGAUUGGCGAUGCCUUGCGGGAGAAGAUCCAAGUACUAGGAAGCUUGGUGUCUUUGGAGAUGGGAAAAAUCUUAGUGGAAGGUGUGGGAGAAGUUCAGGAGUAUGUGGAUAUCUGUGACUAUGCUGUUGGUUUAUCACGGAUGAUUGGAGGACCUAUCUUGCCUUCUGAAAGACCUGGCCACGCUCUGAUCGAGCAGUGGAAUCCUGUAGGCCUGGUUGGAAUCAUCACGGCAUUCAAUUUCCCUGUGGCAGUGUAUGGCUGGAACAACGCCAUCGCCUUGAUCUGUGGAAAUGUCUGCCUCUGGAAAGGAGCUCCAACAACUUCCCUGAUUAGUGUGGCUGUCACAAAGAUAAUAGCCAAGGUUUUGGAGGACAACAGGCUGCCUGGGGCAAUUUGUUCCUUGACUUGUGGUGGAGCAGAUAUUGGCACAGCAAUGGCCAAAGAUGAACGAGUGAACCUGCUGUCCUUCACUGGGAGCACUCAGGUGGGAAAACAGGUGGCCCUGAUGGUGCAGGAGAGGUUUGGGAGAAGUUUGUUGGAACUUGGAGGAAAUAAUGCUAUUAUUGCCUUCGAAGAUGCAGACCUCAAUUUAGUUGUUCCAUCAGCUCUCUUCGCUGCUGUGGGAACAGCUGGCCAGAGGUGUACCACUGCGAGGCGACUGUUUGUGCAUGAAAGCAUCCACGAUGAGGUCGUAAACAGACUGAAAAAGGCCUAUUCACAGAUCCGAGUUGGGAACCCAUGGGACUCUAAUGUUCUCUAUGGGCCACUCCACACUAAACAGGCAGUGGGCAUGUUUCUUGGAGCAGUGGAAGAAGCAAAGAAAGAAGGUGGCACAGUGGUCUAUGGGGGCAAGGUUAUGGAUCGCCCUGGAAAUUAUGUAGAACCGACAAUUGUGACGGGUCUUGGCCAUGAUGCAUCCAUUGCACACACAGAGACUUUUGCUCCGAUUCUCUAUGUCUUUAAAUUCAAGAAUGAAGAAGAGGUCUUUGCAUGGAAUAAUGAAGUAAAACAGGGACUUUCAAGUAGCAUCUUUACCAAAGAUCUGGGCAGAAUCUUCCGCUGGCUCGGACCUAAAGGAUCAGACUGUGGCAUUGUAAAUGUCAACAUUCCAACAAGUGGGGCUGAGAUUGGAGGUGCCUUUGGAGGAGAAAAGCACACUGGUGGUGGCAGGGAGUCUGGCAGUGAUGCCUGGAAACAGUACAUGAGAAGGUCUACUUGCAUUCCACAGCUGUCUCCUCUGAAUCUAUUUGAUACUAUUUUUCCAGCCUUCUUGCCCUGCUUCAGCUAGUGCCCAGCACCCAACGAUGAAAUGGUCUCAUGGGUGGUUUCUGUCCAGGAGCAGGACACGUGGGGUCAACAGUAGGAGAAAGUAGAAGAAGCUAUUGUUUUCAUUUUCUUCUUGGAUGCACUCAGUACUCUUGCAGACUGUAGAAGCAGCAGAAAACAGAGGCAGGCAGGGCCCUGUAGGCCUGGCUAGCAGGCAGGGUAGUGAGGUACCAGCUCUCAGAAUGGUGAGCACAGUCCUUCAAAGUGGAUUAGCUCAUUCACCCAGCAUGUGCGGAGCUGGAUAGGGAGCCUGCUGGGAGAUUUUGACUAGCACUUGUUUCUUCUACUUUUUUAUGGUCUCCCCCUACUCCCUCCUUGCCCACCUUGGGUAGAAAUAGCUUUUAUUUAACUGCAUAAAAGAGUUUGUUGGGGAAGACCCAUGGGGUGUUGUCUUGGAAAAAGAACACUGGGUUAGGAACCAAGAGACACCAGCCCAGCUCCAUUUACUGCUGUCACUAGCUCUGGAACCUCAGGCAGGUGCUCAGCUUUGGUUCCCUAGAGCCUCUGCGACUGUGUUUAUGCCAGGAAUUUCAGAGGCGCUGUGCUGUUACCUGAGGCUUGUUUUAUUUCAAACAUGCAGGCUUUUUACCGGCUUCACAUUCUUUGAAGUCAGUUAUGUCUCUUUUUACUUUGCUUGUGCAUUUGAAGGCUGGAAAGGCAAAUUUUCAGCUGUGAUUUUUCUGGAACCCAUUUUAAUAGAGAUUAUUUUCUUAUGAGAAAGACCGGGUGACUAGUUAAUAGAAAAGAUUUUAUUUCAAAAUUAUAUUUUCUUUAUGUAUUUCUAUCAAAUGGGAAUAUCUGUGUUUUCUCUGAUAAUUCAAUAUAAGUUAUUGAGAGACAUAUAGACGUAAGUUAUAACUCCCACAUUCUUGUGCCCUUCAAAAGAAAAACUAUGAAUAACAUGUAUGGGCCAGGCGUAGUGGUUCACUCUUGUAAUCCCAGCUCUUUGGGAGGCUGUGGCAGGUGGAUCGUUUGAGGUCCGGAGUUUGAGCCCAGCCUGGUCAACAUGGUGAAACCUCGUCUCUGCUAAAAAUACAAAAAUUAGCCAAGGGUGGUGGCGUGCACCUGUAAUCCCAGCUACUGGGGAGGCUGAGACAGGAGAAUCAGUUGAGCCUGGGAGGCAGAGGUUGUGGCGAGCCAAGAUCGCACCACUGCACUUUAGUCUGGGCGACAGAGUCAAACCCUGUCUCAAAAAAAAAUGAAUAAAAAUUUAAAAAGAUGA